AUGGCAACUAUGAUGAUGAGAAAGCCUGAAAAACAGGCUUAGCAACAAAAGCAGCAACCUUAAGUAUAAUCCAAAGCAAUGAUCUAAUAAGAGCAAAAUGUAAAUUCUGGUUAAUAGCGAUAAGAUGAAGGUAACAAAAUUAACUAUGAACUUUAUGCUGAAAAUAAAAUCUCUCUUGAUGCUGAGAUUUAAUUUCGUCAAGAGAUGAAGCAAAAUCCAUCUACACAAGAAUAGCAAGAGUACUAGUACAGUCUGUACAAUCCUCCAUCAAGUACUGAUUAAAUAUAGCAGCAAUAGUUGUAACAGCAGGUGAAUCAGUUGGUUAUUUAGCAGUAACCGUAGUAGAAUGCUUUUGAUCCCUAAGAAUACCGGUAUCCAUCACUACAUACACCAGCCUCACUCUAUUAAAAAUAUUAAGAUAGUAAUGAUGUGACUGGAUAAAUUUAAUAUCCUUAACUCUCUCAAUAGCCUUUAAUUCAACAGUAGUUGUAUUAAAAUGAUAAAAUCAACAUGUUUUACAAUUAGUAGGAAGAGCAGCUAGCUCAGCUUAAUAACGCCUAAGUAAACAUCAAAUUACAUGAGAAAGUUUAUGAUGAUUAGAGAUCAGAGUCCUUUGUUAGAGGAUCAAUUAUUCUUGAGGACUACUUUGAGAAAUAAUAGCAAUAAUAGAAAUAAUAGUAAAUGAAAAAUAGUACUGCUUAGAUUUAAAAUUAAGUUGACAUGAGCAAACUUAGCCCUGCAGAUAGAAUCAGAAUGGAAAUGGAGAUGCAUAACUAACUGAUGAAACAAAAACAGGAUGCAAUUAAAUCUGUAGUUGCAGAUAAGACAACUGCCAUCAAAGAAAACCCACAAAACGUUGAAGACUUACUUGAGAAAGCACCUAUGAACUAUCAAAGAGAGGCAAAUUACAUUGUUCACUAAAUUGCUUUUAAUGAAACCCUUGAUGGUAUUAGUAUUAGAUACAACGUUAGACAAGAUGUGAUAAGAAAAGCUAAUCAAUUUACUGGUGAUGAAAUUUAUAUGAAAAAAGAACUUAUUAUACCUUUUUCUGAUGGACCUCUUUACAAAGUAGAGUAAAGCUUUGUCACAGAAGAACAAAAGAAAAAGGAUAUGAUUGAUAAGAUGAAUGCCUUUUUAAUAGUUAAGUACCAAGAUUAGCAAGAUUACAGAGGUGAGGCUUAAUUUUACCUAGAUGCCUCUGAAUAUAAUUAUGAGGCAGCCAUGAAGGCAUUUGAAGAAGACCUUAAGUUUGAAAAAGAAUUCGACUCUAAAAACAGUGGUGGAUAGAGACCCAGAAGAGGCGGAAAGAAAUGA